GAUAGUAUUUAUAAAGUCGCCGGGCGAACGAGCAAGCAGUGACUGUGUGUUUGCGGGCCGAGUGAGACAUGAGGGCAUACAAUGUGUACCGACUAGCUAUGGUCGUCUUCCUACACGUUGCAGCAGUAAUAGCAGAACCAUUGGGAUGCGAGGUGCGUGCCCGGCUGCAAUCCGGAUGGGUGUGCGGUUUGCGACGCUGGGCGGAGAACAACACUGUAUACGCCAGUUUCCGAGGUGUGCCGUACGCGAAACAACCACUCGGAGAGUUGAGGUUCAAGGAGCUGCAACCGGCAGACCCAUGGGACUAUCUGGAUGCGUCCGAAGAGGGCCCGAUAUGUCCGCAACAGGAUGUGUUUUACGGCAAAAUGAUGACGUCAAAUAAGAUGGAAGAAGCUUGCAUAUACGCUAACAUACACGUACCGAUCGAGGCGUUGCCAGAGUCUAGUUUGCGACGACCUUCAAGGCAUCUAAAGCCGCCUUACGAGGAAGGUUUGAAUGAAGAAGAUGAGUCACAACAGAAGGGUCUUCCUAUAUUGGUGUUUGUACACGGCGGCGGUUUCGCAUUCGGGUCCGGCAACUCGGACGUAUACGGGCCGGAAUACCUUGUCAGCAAGGGUAUUAUCGUAAUCACUUUCAACUACAGGCUGAAUGUAUUCGGCUUUUUAUCAUUGAACACUCCGAGUAUACCGGGCAACAACGCUAUACGUGACGUCAUCACACUGCUGCGUUGGGUACGGACUAACGCGAGGUCUUUCGGCGGCGACCCGGAGCAAGUCACACUAGGCGGGCAGAGCGCUGGAGCCACUAUUGCACAUCUCGCUUCAUUCGCACCCGACACCGACGGACUAUUCAAUAGAUUGAUAUUGAUGAGUGGCACCGCGAUGCCUGCCUUCUACACAUUAUCGCCGACGUUCGCGCAAAAUAUCGCAAACAUGUUCCUAACGCACCUCAACAUCACGACCACAGACCCUGAAGUAGCGCAUAGCCAACUAAUCCAACUGCCGCUAGAGAAAAUUAUGAAUGCACACAGCAUGCUAUUGGAGUACUUCGGACUAACGACAUUCCUCCCAGUGCUAGAAAAGAAACUACCAGGAGUAAAUCCGGUAAUACUAGAAGACCCUAUAACGCUAAUGAACAAAGGUAUUGGUAGAGACAUGGAAAUGUUUAUCGGAUUCACGAGCGCUGAAUGCGAGAGCUUCCGUCCGAGAUUUGAACAAAUAGACAUGGUAACGAGAAUAAACGACAAUCCCUUGCUAGUAUUAUCACCUAAUCUCAUUUUUAACGCACCAGCCAGCGACUUACUUAAUAUAGCGAAGGAGGUAGAACAGAAGUAUUUCAAUGGAGAUAUCACUAUGGAUAACUAUGUACGUUCUUGUUCCGAUACGUUUUAUAAUUAUCCAGCUAUGAAGGUAGCGCAAAUGAAGCAAGCGAUGGGCGGUGCUCCGGUAUUCUUGUACCAAUUUACUUAUGAAGGAAUGCCUAACGUGAUUAAAACAGCAUUUGAUAUAAAUUAUAAAGGUGUGGCGCAUGUUGAGGAUAUGACGUAUGCGUUCAAAGUUAACUCCAUUGUGGGGAAGUAUAUAACAUUCACUCCCGGCAGCAAAGUCGACUUGAUGAGGAAGAGGAUGACUGCGUUUGUUAGCAAUUUCGUUAAAUGCGGAUAUCCCAAUUGCAUUGGCAACGAUAUAGCAGCUUGGAGACCAGUUGACAGGUACCUGAGAUAUCAAGUAAUAGAAAACACAUACUACAAGUCCACCGACCCAACAGAUGCGCAAAUAGAAAUGCUAGAAUUCUUCGAUAAUCUGUACAACACCACUAUGAGUUGAAUUGUCCGACGCCAUAUAGCUAAUAGGUGUGCCAUUGCUAUUUUACUUAGAAAGAUUGAAGAAUUUUGUAGUUCUUAAUUAUUAAUUUAAAUAUCAAAAUAGAAACCAAGUCAACCGUUGACAAGAUACACUUGGUUUAGUAUUUAAGAAAAAGACAAAAAAAAAUAUAAGAAGGAGGUUUUCUACAAAUGUUUUUCAAUCUUUUUUUAUAGAUUCAAAUCUAAUGCGAUGAGGAUUUAAUAUCCUGCAAAAUGACAUUUACAUUUGCAAGGUAUCCAGUGAGGGUACUUUUAUUUAUUAAGAAUUGUGAGACUCUUAGUAUUAAGUUUGUGUACUCAUUGAUGAUUGUAACCGUCAGUUUUCACUGGUGAGAUAACUGUACAGAAUCGUAUCGUAGUUUUUUCAAGAAGGAUAAUGUCUUUCUGUACGAUUGUUUUAGCAGUGUAAACCUACUUUAAACAAUUUAUCGGCUAUAAUAAUGGUCAUUGAAGUAUUUGAUACACUUAGAUUAAGACUUAAUUUAAGGUUUGAAAUAGAAACGAUUUUGGAAUGAAAUUUUAUAUGAAAAAUUAACACGGUUUCUCAUAUUGAAUUGUUAUUUGAAAUGUAAGCUCAACUGAUCAUAAAAUCUAUCUGCCAUACUUAGUCAUUUAAAGGUUACUGAAGCAGUCUUUUAGUGUACAUUUCUAGCACUAUAAGUACCCCAAAGAAUUCUACAACAGUUAAAUAACUUUGUCUUAAAUCGAAUUUAAUGGAAAUUGGAAACCAUACUAAUAUCAUAAAUGCGAAAGUUUAGACGGAUGGAUGUUUGUUAGAGUUUGUAGUCUAAACGGCUGAACCG